GCCUGGCGCUCGGCGGCGCCCGCCCCGCAGGCCGAGGCCCGCCUCCCGCUUGGAGAGUCGCUCGCUGGGCCUCGGGGACUCGCCGCCUCUCGGGCCCGCCCCCGAAGACGUGGAGCGCCGCGGCCGCCGCAAGUUUGUCAAAGAUGAAAGCGACCUUAUCAGUUCUGGAUACUCAUGAGAGUUCUUUCACGCCUCUGGUCAUCAUAGAACUUGCUCAGGAUGUCAAGGAAGAAACCAAAGAAUGGCUGAAAAACAGAAUUAUCAGUAAAAAGAAAGAUGGAGGUGCUCAGCUGUUGUUUAGACCGUUGUUAAAUAAAUAUGAGAAAGAAACACUAGAAAAUCAGAACUUAUAUCUCGUGGGUGCCUCCGGAAUUAGAUUGUUACUGGGGGCAGAAGCAGUGGGACUGGUGAAAGAGUGCAGUGAUAACACCAUGAGAGCCUUCACGUAUGGAACCCGACACAACUUCAAAGGUUUUGAAGAUGAUGAUGAUGAUUUCCUCACCAUGGCAGAACGUCAAUUCAUUAUCAAACAUGAACUUGAAAAUCUUAGAGCCAGAGAUGAAAAAAUGAUCCCUGGUUACCCCCAGGCAAAGUUGUACCCAGGAAAAUCAUUAUUGAGGAGGCUGCUCACGUCUGGCAUCGUGGUUCAGGUGUUUCCACUGCAUGACAACGAAGCCCUGAAGAAGCUGGAGGACACCUGGUAUACUCGGUUUACCUUAAAGUAUCAGCCCAUAGACAGUAUUCGUAGCUACUUUGGAGAAACCAUUGCUCUUUACUUUGGAUUUUUGGAGUAUUUCACUUUCGCCUUAAUCCCUAUGGCGGUCAUUGGGUUACCUUACUAUUUGUUUGCAUGGGAAGACUAUGACAAGUACGUGAUCUUCGCCUCAUUCAACCUGAUCUGGUCCACGGUGAUCCUGGAAGUGUGGAAGCGUGGCUGUGCCAGUAUGACCUACAGGUGGGGGACACUGGUCAUGAAGAGACAGUUCGAGGAGCCACGGCCAGGAUAUCACGGGGUCCUGGGUGUCAAUUCCAUCACCGGCAGGGAGGAACCGCUGUACCCCAGCUAUAAGAGACAGUUGCGCAUUUACCUGGUCUCCCUGCCAUUUGUGUGCCUCUGUCUCUAUUUCUCUCUGUUUGUCAUGAUGAUUUACUUCGACAUGGAGGUCUGGGCCUUGGGUCUGCACGAGAACAGCGGGUCUGAGUGGACCAGUAUCUUGUUGUAUGUGCCUAGCAUCAUCUACGCCAUCGUGAUUGAGAUCAUGAACCGCCUCUAUCGAUACGCUGCCGAGUUUUUAACUUCAUGGGAGAAUCACAGAUUGGAAUCUGCCUACCAGAAUCACCUAAUUCUGAAAGUGUUAGUGUUCAACUUUCUAAAUUGCUUUGCCUCACUCUUCUACAUUGCCUUUGUCCUCAGGGAUAUGAAGCUUUUGCGUCAGAGCUUGGCUACUCUCCUGAUUACCUCCCAGAUCCUUAACCAAAUUGUAGAAUCUCUUCUUCCUUAUUGGCUCCAAAAGAAGCACCAUGUGCAGGUGAAGAGGAAGGUGCAGGCUUUAAAGGCAGACAUCGAUGCUACAUUAUAUGAACAGGUCGUUCUGGAAAAGGAAAUGGGAAUGUACUUGGGCACCUUCGAUGAUUACUUGGAGUUAUUCCUUCAGUUUGGUUAUGUGAGCCUUUUCUCUUGUGUUUACCCACUGGCAGCUGCCUUCGCUGUGCUAAAUAAUCUCACCGAAGUUAAUUCAGAUGCCUUAAAAAUGUGCAGGGUCCUCAAACGCCCGUUCUCAGAACCUUCAGCCAGUAUUGGUGUGUGGCAGUUGGCUUUUGAAACAAUGAGUGUUAUAUCCGUGGUCACUAACUGUGCUCUGAUUGGAAUGUCACCACAAGUGAAUGCACUCUUUCCAGAGUCAAAAGCGGACCUCAUUUUGAUCGUAGUAGCAGUGGAGCAUGCACUCCUGGCUUUGAAGUUCAUCCUUGCAUUUGCUAUACCUGAUAAGCCACGGCAUAUCCAGAUGAAACUGGCUAGAUUGGAGUUUGAAUCUUUGGAGGCGCUCAAGCAGCAGCAGGUGAAGCUGGUGGCCGAGAACCUGAAAGAGGACUGGAGGGAAGGCGGGAAGGAGCAGGCGCCCUGAGGACAGAUGGACCUGGCAGCUCCCCGAGGCUGGCGCCCUCCCCCCGCGGGUCCCCACCCCGGCCCCCC